AUGGAUUUAUGUGCUUUAGAGGAUAUCAGUGAUGAUGAAGUGUUUUUUGGCGAAAUGUCUUUAAAAGAAGUGAAAAAACAUAUAUUCUUUAAUUCACAUCGUCCGAGUUUACCAUGUACAAAUAAUAGCAAACAAGAAAACAAAGAAGAAAGCUUACAAAUUAUUGAGACUAAUUCGGAGCCUAAUAUAUCAAUAGCUAAAUAUUCUAUUGAAUCUUCAAAUUCAGCGUUAAGUACGGAUUGCGAUGUAGAAUCUACAGACGAUAGUUUUUUAAGACUAGAAAAAAUGGUUUCUGAUAUGUGCAUGUCACCAAAAUCGAGUGAUGAGUUAGACAAUACGUUAGAGGUUGAGUUUAUUUUAAAUAAUGCACCUUUAAAACAUAAUGGCACAAUUAAUGAGCAAUACAAUGAAAAUAAUAAUAUUUCAUUUAAAGUAACUCCGGAUAUUCCUACUGGUGUCAUAAAUAAAUCAACUGAUGAGAAAGAAAAAACAAAAAAUCCUGAUAUAAAGGUUGAUGAUGCUAAAUUAAAUAAAUUGAAUGAAACUCCAAUCAAGUGUAAAUUCGCGAAUAAUCAUAUUGGAAAUAAAAAAACACACUCGGUAUUAACUCCUAUCACAAAACAAAACGAACAUGUUUUUAAAACACCUAAAAAUACAUUAUCUACAAAAAAACAGUUAACAAGUUCAACAAAGAAAACACCUAGUAGAAUAAAUGCAUAUCAACAUAUUGCAAGCCCAGUUGCAUUCUACAUUAAGAAUUGUCCUCAAAUUCCAUUGAUUAAAGAUAUCCAUCUAAAGAAACCUUUGACUACUACCUCCUCCAUUCCUAAAUUGUUAAAAAAAUCAACAGAACCUAAAGUAAGCAAUAAAGAAAAUGUAUCCUUACCUUCAGUUGCCUACAAGAGUGCCAAGAAGACGAAAAUAAUUUCACUACCAGAUGCAGAAAAAUUGCCUUCCAGCCAGUGGGCAAAAAAACUGAGUACUUCAUUCCCAAAACCGACUGUAAUAAAACAUGAUCAUAGAGAAGUUAAUUUUAAUAAAAAACAUGUUACUACCAAGGAGGAGGAUAGUUUUAUUGGUUUACCACUAAAACAAGCAGAUUUGUCUGUUUGUACGAAAAAAUCAGCUUUUCCUAAACUAAUG